UACCCCAAAUUUUGGCGGUUGAGGAGCAGCUCCUUCAUUUCCUCUUACUCUGUUUUUUCUGUUUCUGUUGGCUAAGAAACAAAGAAAGAGCCCAGCGAUAAAGCAAAAGCGCAUUUCCGCUGUUGUAUGUGUGUGUUUGCGAUGCCAGGUGGGGCCACCGUCUGCUCCGGUCACCGGUUUCUCUGCGUUGUUCUGCAUUCGACUCGUCCCCGACUCAGCUACCCGACUCGGUCGCGACCCGUUCCGGUUCAACUUGGAUCCGUGUUUGUGUCGAAUGGUAAUGGCGAUAGUAAGCGGUUCAGCUCCAAGUUGAGCCUCAUUCCCAGAGCCGUUGAUUCUUCCACCGCACAAUCUUCCGUCGUUUCCGACGAUGGCUUCUCCGUUUCUAAGCUUUCAUUUGGUGUGAUUGGUCUAGGUGUUGGACUCUCACUCUUGUCCUACGGUUUUGGGGCAUAUUUUAAUAUUCUCCCUGGAUCUGAAUGGUCAGCUAUAAUGUUAACUUAUGGCUUCCCUCUUGCAAUUAUUGGAAUGGCACUCAAGUAUGCAGAACUCAAGCCAGUCCCAUGCCUAACAUAUUCAGAUGCUCAAAGCUUGAGGGAAAAAUGUGCAACUCCAAUUCUUAAACAGGUGAAGAGCGAUGUUACCAGAUAUCGCUAUGGAGAUGAGCAGCAUUUGGAUGAGGCAUUGAAACGGAUAUUUCAGUAUGGCCAAGGAGGAGGAAUACCAAGGAGAAGUGCUCCUGUUUUACAAUCGAUUCGUGAAGAAGUCACGCAAGAUGGUAAAUACUGUUUGGUUUUAGUUUUUGAGGCCAAGGCUCUGCAGUUGUCAGAUUUUGAACAAAGACAGGCCAAAUUUACUUCAUUCUUUGGGCCAGGAAUUACAGCUGAAAUUGGUAAGGGUGAGAAAGAUUUGUAUGAGGUUCGACUUAUCUCCAAUACAGACCCCAAUGCUUCUCCUUCAUGAAGUUAUGGACCGUUUUAUCCUCUUCCAUGUUGCAUGGUUUAGUCAAUUACAGGACUUAGGUCCUGUAAAAUAUGUAAAAAAAAAAAAUAUUAUGCUCAAAAGUAUCAAGUCAUUGUAUCAAGUGUACAUUUUGACAUACAAGAAAAGAAGAAAAAUAGCAUUUGGAAAGGAAUUGCCAAGCUAA